CUGUUAUGCCUUGAAAGGGCGUGCUGAAGGGGGCCAUUCAGACAAACCUGGCAACACAGCACGAGCUUUCAGCCGCAUCAGAUAGUAGCUCCUGCCAUUGAUCUCCGGCGUGUUUCUUCCGUAGCUCAAAAGGGGUUGGGACCAAUUAUGGCUGAUGAGGGAUACGUUGUUCGAAUCAGGGGUCUGCCUUGGUCUUGUUCAGUGGAUGAAGUACAGAGGUUUUUUGCAGGCUGCAAAAUUCUGAACAAUGGAGGUGGAAUACAUUUCACCUACACCAGAGAGGGACGUCCAAGUGGAGAGGCAUUUGUGGAACUGGAGACCGAGGAAGAUCUGAAGAUAGCAGUGAAGAAGGAUAGAGAAACCAUGGGUCACAGAUAUGUAGAGGUGUUUAAAUCCAACAAUGUUGAGAUGGAUUGGGUCAUGAAGCACACUGGCCCAAAUUGUCCCGAGACAGCAGGAGAUGGACUUGUGCGCCUCCGGGGCCUUCCCUUUGGCUGCAGCAAGGAAGAGAUCGUCCAGUUUUUCUCAGGGUUGGAAAUCGUGCCAAAUGGGAUAACAUUGCCGGUGGACAUCCAGGGGAGGAGUACGGGGGAGGCCUUCGUGCAGUUUGCUUCACAGGAUAUAGCUGAAAAGGCUCUAAAGAAACACAAGGAAAGAAUAGGGCACAGGUACAUUGAGAUAUUCAAGAGCAGCCGCGCUGAGGUGCGGACCCACUACGAACCCCAGCGGAAGCCUAUGGGGAUGCAGAGACCAAGCCCCUACGACCGGCCCUCGGCUGGACGGGGUUACAACAUGAUGGGCCGGGGAGGAUCCUAUGAAAGGCUGCGUCGAGGAGGCUAUGGAGGAGGUGUAUCUGAUGGGCGGUAUGGGGACGGCGGCUCUUCCUUUCAAAGCACAACAGGCCACUGCGUCCACAUGAGGGGGCUGCCAUACAGAGCCACAGAGACAGAUAUAUACAAUUUCUUCUCUCCGCUGAAUCCUGUUCGGGUCCACAUUGAGGUCGGCCCAGAUGGGAGGGUGACGGGGGAGGCAGAUGUGGAGUUUGCGACACACGAAGAUGCCGUUGCAGCAAUGUCCAAAGACAAAGCCAACAUGCAGCACCGCUACGUGGAGCUGUUCUUAAACUCCACAGCAGGGGGCAGUAACGGCGCCUAUGGCAGUCAGAUGAUGGGUGGCAUGAGUAACCAGUCUUCAUACAGCGGAGGCCAGUUGAGCUCAGGGUACUCUGGUGGGUACAACAGCCAAGGAAGCAUGGGUGGCUACAGUGAAUACAUUAGGUAACCAGGGCGGGAUGGGAAGCAGUUACUAUGGCGGUGGUGGAGGCGGAAGCAGAGGCUCGAUGAAUGGACUUGGUGGGGGAUGGGGAAUGUAGUUUGUUUUUUUUUGUUUUUUUCUCACUCUCAACCCUUAAUUUGAUGUUUUUAACUCAGCAUUUUGCUGAAAAAGACUGGAAAAUGUCUCACUUUGUUAAACAUAGGCUGAUGAGGUGAGGUUGUUUUCUCUGAAAAUAUGGAGGGGAGGGGGUUUAUAUUUUUUUUAAGCCGGUGAUUUACAGAGAGAUGCGAGAUUUGUUUGUCACAAGAAAUGUAACCGAAGUGUUGUCUUCCCCAUUCCUCUCAGACCCAACUCAUUACAAAACCCCCCACAUGUUUAAUUUUCCACUGUCCUGAAGUUUGAUGUUUUCUCCAAACACCGGCCCGUUUCUGAAGGUUAACUCUUCCCAUGCUGGUGGACGACUCUUGAGUGCAUGAGCAGAAAAAAAAAAACUUGUAUUUUUUUGGAUGUUUGACCUCAUUUUGCUGGUUCAGUGUUUCAGUUGAAAUGUAUGUUUGACUUCAAGGUGCGCAGGGGUUUUGUUUCUUGAUGUUAUGACUGUUCUUACUUUUUUUUUUCCUUGAAGAGGGCUACCGGAUGGCAAAUGAACCUAAAAUCUGCUACCAUGGAGGUUUUUACAGCUUUGAAUGCUAUUUGUAUUUUCUGUGCACAAAGUGAAUAAAGUAGUCUGAAAUACCACAAUGACA